GAAAGUACUGGGUAACCGUUUUUCCCUGUUUCGAAAAUGUUUAAUACUCGACCCAAACCCGAUACAUGACUGAACUUAAGUGCUCUCUACUAUCAUGUCUAACUAUGAAUCAACUAACUUUCAUUUGCUGUUCACUACUCUUGAUGAACUUUAUUUUAUGCGUCAUAUUAAUUUGGAUGUACAGGCGUAAGCAGCAGCUGAGUCAACAACACCAAUAUAAGCCUAGUCAAAACAAAAAUUUACAUUCACAACAACUAAGCGAUUCGUUAAGGUGUUCAAUGUCCACUGCUUCUACACCGCAGGAAAUCAAUGAGAGACAACAACAAUCAAUCUAUUACAACGAAUUCGGAACUUACUUAGAGUAUGAAGACCAUCAUGAAUUUGAACAAACAGUCAAAAGCACUACGUCUCCCAAAUGCAUGGUAUCUGCGAUAAGUCAAACAAAUCCUGAGUUAUCACAUUAUCAAACGAAAAGAUGCGUGUGUCGAACAGUUAUGGAAAAUUCAUCAAAACAGCUAACAGACGAAGAAAAUCUUAGUUUACCGGGUAAACAUUCAGUGACAUUUAUGAAGAACUGCAGACAGCACCCCGUAUUGGAGAGAAGUAUACAUAGAUCUGAUGUGGGAAAUUCCAAUAUCUGA